AUGUCCACCGAACCACUCGACGAAAUCCAGUGGAAAUCACCAGAAUGGAUCCAGCAGUUUGGUCUUCACACAGGCAAUGUGCUUGAUUACUUUGCUGAGCUGCCGUUCUACGAUAGAACUUCCAGUAACCAGGUUCUACGAAUGCAGUUCCAGUUUCAACAGAUUCCACCUAAUAUCCAUCCACAGAAGUAUAUGCAGCUGAAACUUACUGAAAUGGUGGGUGUGGAGUUUGUGGUGGCAUAUGUGAGAGAGCCUGACUUUUGGAUCAUCAGGAAACAACGCAGACUUGACCCUACUACUGCAAGGACAGAACAGGACUACUAUAUCAUCGGUGCCAACGUCUACCAGGCGCCAAAGAUCUAUGAUAUUCUCAGUGCCAGGCUUCUAUCAAGCGUGUUGCUGAUGCGCAAGUCCAUUGAUUUGCUUAAUGACAUGACAAAGUUUAGCAUCUCUGAAGGUGGACAUAUUUAUCCUUCAGACAAGGACACUUCGGGCACAAGCACAGCUACAAAACAGGUUAAUACUAAUCCGCCAUCAGCUUUGCCUUCUACAACAAACAUUAAUACUCAAAACCCAGCUGCCACUCCUCUGUUCCCGAAUCUGACUCCUGGUACUAUCCAAGCACAACCUUCCAAUGGAGAACCAGGCCUGAGUUCGAUCAUGAGCAACGUCUCCAACGUCAACAGCGAAUACGGUAAUGGCUUCAGCCAAUAA